AUGGUUGAAUCGGGAAAAACUGGAGCCUCUCGAAAGAAAGGUAGAAAGGAGCGAAGAGGUGGAUUUGGAAAAGCAGAUGAAAUCAUGGAAGGUGAGAUCUGGAAAGAUUUUCCUGAGGAUCUGUUUGAAAGUUUAUUAGCAAGAGUUCCGAUAGCAACGUUUUUCCGGUUCCGUUCAGUUUGUCGGAAGUGGAAUUCAUUGCUUACUUCCCAAAGCUUCUCCCAGCAAUAUGGUGAAGUAGAGCACUCAAAGCCUUGGUUCUAUGCCAUCACCUACGAGGACAUAUAUACAAGAACGGGAGCAAUGUACGAUCCUUCAUAUGCCAUCACCUACGAGGACAUAUAUACAAGAACGGGAGCAAUGUACGAUCCUUCAUCGAACAAGUGGCACCAUCCAACUAUGCCUGAUUUGCCAACCAAAGUGAUCAAGUCACCAGUGGCAUCAGCUGGAGGUCUCAUCUGCUUCGUUGACUUCCAUCACAAAAGCAUCUACGUGUGUAACCCUCUGACGAGGUCAUUCAAGGAGUUGCCAGCCAGGUGUGGGAAGCCGAUGUGGGAUGAUGCAGCUGUACGGAUGACGCAGACGCGGAAUGAAUCUUCAUUAUUUUCACAAUUUGCUUAUUAG